GAGAGCUCCGCGGCCGCGGUGCGGGGGCGCGGCGCGCCGUGAGGACGCCCUGCCAGCUUUGGGAGGACGCCGAGGACGAGGGCAGGGCCGUGCGGCCCGCGUUCGCGCGGGCCCGCCAGGGGGCGGCGCAGCUCCAGGCGAGGCGCUCGGCCUCGCCACGGAGCACCCCAGUUGCCGCCGCGCCUGCGCCAGCGACGGCCUGGCUCCUGCGCAAGGGCGCCCUCGAGGGCGCGAAGUGA